AUGACAGCUAUAAUCUCACCCAGUAGGGCGGUCAGCUUAGUAAAGGCUACCACGUUCGAGUUUUUUAACGAACGAAAUGACACAGUCCGCAGGUCUCUGAUACAGGAGCAUUGGAGACCAGACAUCACUUGCCAUACUCCUUUUGGCGACUUCAAAGGCUAUGAGGCGAUGGGAGAAUUGUGGAAUGCACUUCAUGCUGAUGAGAAGAGUGAAUGGAUAUUUAAACCGCGAGGGGACUUGUGGCUUAAUGGAGAUGUGAUCAUGCAAAGCUGGACGUAUGGUAAUGCAGAUGGAGUGCAUGGAAUGGCAGGCUGGGAUGUGAUCAUAUUGGACGACGAUGGAUUGGUCAAGGAGCUCUAUGCUAUGAUAGAAGGCGUUCACACGCAUGAAUUCGCCUUGUAA